AUGUGCGUGUACAUCAGAACAAAAAAAGUUACUACCAUUUUUACACUAAGAUUUUUUCCUGAAAUUUUGUCAAUGUAUAUUUUUUUUUUUAUCCAAGUCAUUUACACUUGGUUAACCACCAGCCAUAUCAAUAUGAUUUCAAUUACUAAAGUUAUUUCCCAACAAUUUAAACUGACAAACAUCACCAACAACUUGUUUAAUGCCACUCCAAAAAUAAUAAGUCCAAUAACAAGUGGUUCAUUAUAUCAGCCAAUACGAGGCUUUAAGGUUAGAACAUCUGUGAAAUGUAUGUGCAAAGACUGCUACUUGGUCAAAAGAAAAGGCAGAGUAUAUGUUUACUGUAAAAGCAAUGGCAAACAUAAGCAAAGACAGGGUUAA